UUGUGUGUGUGUGAGGGAGAGAGAGAGAGAGAGAGGGAGAGGAAGCCAAGAGGAAGCAUGAGGAGCGAAGAGGAACAUCACGAUAUAGUGAUCGUGGGCGGAGGAAUCUGUGGGCUCGCCACCGCUCUGGCUCUUCACAGGAAAGGAGUAAAAAGUCUUGUAUUAGAGAGAUCUGAGAGACUACGAGCUACUGGGGCAGCAAUUGGUAUCUUCAUGAAUGGUUGGUGUGCACUUGAUAGACUUGGUGUGGGUGGUGUGCUUAGGGAUAAAAGUAUCCCUAUUCCAGUGAUUCAAGAAGCAUGGCAUCACAAGUCGACAGUGCAAGUAAAAUCGAGCAGGGUGGAAGAUUUUAGGUGCUUAAAGAGAACUGAUCUCAUUCAAGUGUUGUUUGACAACUUGCCUGCUGGCUCGGUCCGACUUGGGUGCCAAAUUGUAGCAGUUGAAGGAGAUUCAUCAACAUCAUUCCCUAUUCUUUAUGUUCAUGAUGGGAGUAUCAUCAAAGCCAAGGUUCUGAUCGGCUGUGAUGGAUCAAAUUCGAUCAUAUCUAAGUCGUUAGGGCUAGGGGCCCUAAAUUCGCUACCAAAUUGUGUGAUUCGCGGUCUCACGAAUUAUCCAAAUGGUCACGACCUUGAAAGAUGUUUUCUUCGGAAUCUGGAUAAUGGCUAUAUGGCUUUUGGAAGAAUUCCAAUUGAUGACAAGCUAGUGCAUUGGUUUGUAGAUUGGCCAUAUCCUGACAGAGAUACAGAUGCUUCGAAAGAUCCUAAGUUCAUCAUGGAGUUGGCAAUGCAGCAAAUCAAGGACUACCCGGCCGAGAUGAUCGAGAUGGUCGAGAGCAGCAAUCCUAGCUCGCUGAACCUCACACGCAUCCGUUACCGGUCGCCAUGGCACCUCGUGUUCGGGAACUUCAGGAGAGGCACCAUGACAGUUGCAGGGGAUGCCAUGCACAUGAUGGGCCCGUUCCUCGGCCAAGGUGGUUGUGUUGCUCUGGAGGAUGCGGUGGUGCUCGCCAGGAACCUAGCAGAGGCAAUGCCUAUGGGCUUGGAGGGUGGCAGGGUUGGUGAUGGAGAGCUCAAGAAGAGAAUCGAGGCAGCGUUCGAGAAUUACGUCAAGGAACGGAAGCCGAGGGUGCUGAGGUUGGCCAUGCAGUCGAUGCUCGUGGGCAUGCUGAUCUCUUCACCAUCAAAGAUUAAGAGACUUCUGAGCCUUGCACUUUUAGUUGUUUUCUUUGGUGGAGCUUCGCUCAGCUACACUCGUUAUGAUUGUGGCCCUCUCUAAGGGCUCAAGGAUGCACUUGUGUUUGCAAAGUACCAAAAUGUAGCAUUUGAAGCAGAUCCCAUAGCAUCUUUUCCCUUUCUUCAUACUAAUGAGCAAAGUAUCAUCAAGGCUAAGGUGAACAGGUGUUAAUGGUAGAACUAUGAUUUCCUGCAUAUAAAGUUCAAUAGUUCCUUGAAAA